UGCGCUGCGCUGUGCCCUGCUGGGCUGUGCCGGGCUGUGCCGGGCUGUGCUGGGCUGUGCCGGGCGGGGCGGCGCCCGGCCAGGUGACGUGUGGCUCUCUGCAGUGGAUGGCUUUACCCAUUCUCAGCCUUGCCCUCCUCCCUCCCCAGAGGAUCCUGGCGCUUAAUUCCACCAUCCCUCAGCAUCCCUCAGUGGCCCCUCCGGCCAGCAGCGGCUGCUGGCGGUGGCAGGAUCAGGUCCCUGUGCUCAGCUGCCUGCCCUUCCCUUGGCUGGAGCUGAUCCCCUCCGAGACCAGCUGGCAGAGCUUCCCUCCGAUCCCCCAUGGUUGCCUUGCUCGUCCUGACGUGUCCGCAACAGUAGGUGAGAAGAUUGGGUAUACCCUGUACAAGACCUCAAGCUGGAUCUCAAACCCCGUACAUCUAGGAUCUUGAGAACUGGAAAGAAGCAAGGACCAUUGGGCUAAGUAUCUGCUGCAGACUCCUUUCUCAUCAGUACUCAGAAGUGGCACAGCUUGUUCGAAGCAAUAGCUGUGUGAUCAGAUUUGGAGGUGGCUGUUGCUGGUGACAUCCAAGACCAGUUCCAGAUGCACACAAAAACGGAUUUGCCCUGGUGGCCCCAGUGGCAGUGUGAACCGCAGAGCUGUGCUUCAGAUAUGGCGUGUGCCCAGCUUUGCCCUUAGAGCAACUGGGUGGCAGUCUGAGAGGUUUUGUUGAUCUGCGGGGAAAAUCACUCCUGUCUUAUUUUCCUCCUGCAGUGGCAUAUUGAAACUUUUAGUACAGAAAAAUCUAGGUUGGAAGAGACCUCUGGUGGUCAUCUGGUCUAACCUCCUGCUCAAAGCAUGUUCAGCUAGAUCACCUAUGAAAGCCCCAUUUUGAGGAGCCUGGUUUUAAUACUUUGUACGCUUACAAGCAUCUUUGUGGAGGGACAUAUUUAUUGUAGUGCAAGAUGUCUGCCCUGAGGUUGAUUUCUAACAGAACCUCCCAGCAGGCCAUGUCUAACUCUGAUUACACCUGGGAGUACGAGUACUACGAGUACGGGCCAGUGUCGUUUGAAGGCCUGAAGGCCCAUAAAUACUCCAUUGUGAUUGGAUUUUGGGUUGGUCUUGCAGUUUUUGUCAUCUUCAUGUUCUUUGUCCUGACUCUGCUGACGAAGACUGGAGCGCCACAUCAAGACAAUGCAGAACCUUCUGAAAAAAGAUUCCGGAUGAAUAGCUUUGUGGCAGAUUUUGGAAGACCUUUAGAAUCGGAGAGAGUCUUUUCUCGUCAGAUAGCUGAAGAAUCCCGGUCACUUUUCCAUUUCUGCAUUAAUGAAGUGGAACGCUUAGACAAAGCAAAACCAAAUCAGAAAGGUCCAGGUCUGGAAAGUAAUAUCCACUUUCAGGAAGUUCCCAGGAGCAGUGGAACAUUUGAGGAGGACCUGAAUUGUCUCACAAAAUUUAAUAUUCCUAACUUUGUGAACACUGAGCAGAACUCUUCGCUAGGUGAGGAUGAUCUCCUUAUCUCAGAGCCACCUAUCAUUUUAGAAAGCAAAUCGGUCAUGCAAUCUUCCCAUCGGAUCCUUGACUGAAAAUUUUUACUUUAAGGUAAAAAUAAAAAAUAAAUCUGGUGUUGUCCAGUUGGAAGCCCUUCUCAUCCUUCUGUUUUUUUUUUUUUUUUCGGAAGAAGGUAUUUCAGGUCCCUGUUUUUUUUUUUUUUCUCUUUAAAAUUGUAUGCAAGAGUGGCUGUGCUGACAGAACAGUUUAGAUGAGAAGUAAAACACUGAAUGCCUUACUCCAAUGCCUUCUGUCAUCUAGGCCUUUUGUCCAGUGUUGGGUUUGCUCCCUGUUGGUUUUGUUUGUUUUUUGUUCAGUUUGGUUUUAAAUGACUGUUUAUGUCCAACUUCUGAAGAUACCAUGACUUGUGGGGACUGUGAAGACCAGAACCUGGCUCUGGGAGGUGUAUGAGAACUCCUCAGCCAAGGAAAGUGUGAACUCAAACUACAGCUGAAGCAAGGAAUAAGCAGGCAGCCGCUGGGGAGAUUCUGCAGCUUCUGCCGCUCCCCAAAAGGACUUCUGAAGCAGCAGCACGAUGGAUACCUGCAUGGCAUUAAUUUGUACUUCUAAUGCCUAACUGCUUUUAGGUGCAGGUGAGACCCAUUUUACAAGCUUCCAGAGGGAAUACCUUGUAUAUUAAAUGGUUCUGUUACUGUGUUUACAAACUGCUGCCACCACCUGCUGCCUGGUAGAAGCAAAUUGGUGCCUGUAGUUAUGGUACCUCAGAGCUACAUUCUGUCAGCCCUGGAAUUAGUAUCCAACACACAUUAAUUUGGUUUUUGUUGUUGAUAUGAACUGCCAGUUGGGUAAUGCAGAAUUCAGUAGCUAGAUCACAGGAAAUCAGAUGAAAAAUAUUCUUCUUUUGCCAACAGAGUUAAUAUACCACUACUACUUUGUAUGUAAUUCAUGCUUUGCUUAUCAGUUGAACCUUCCUAUGCUUUUAAGCUCUAGAAACUGCCCUUUUUUGACCAGACAGCGAGUGAAGGGCUUAGGAGGCUUUGAGUUGUUCUGAGGGGGGCCAGCUCCAGAAGCAUAGCUGAGCUGUACUUGCUUCAUCUUUCUGUACUUGGUUGGGAUGGUGGUGUAACCACAACUAUUCCCCAGUAAGGGUUUGUUAAGAAAACAAGUAGGUGUAAUUUCAAUCUUUGUUUCAUUUUUAGAAAAGAAUUAAGGUUCUGAACCUCAGUUUUUUUUUUUGUUUGUCAGCUUUCUUGAAGAGAUGGUUAGCUAGUGACUGAAUGGUUUUAGAGCAAGCGUGUGGAGGGCAGAAGAACCAGGUUUGCUGGAUUUUGAGUUAACAGUGCUUUGUAGGAAGCUCUUCAUGUGUAUCAAAGUAGGGGGCUCAAGAUCCCAGCUUAACUGGAUUAUUUUUUCUUUUGAAAGUAACCUGCUUUGUAUAUAACAUGGUUUUGUCCAAAUGAACAUGUAGCAGUGGCCUGCUGAUAUAAUCUUCUGAGAUGCAAAUUCGGAUGAAUUCAUUCUUUUCCUUUCAAAUGACAAAUAGAGGGGAAAAAAGCAAUGAAUGGGUUAUGCAUUUAAAGAAUAUAGGAAGUGGAAGAAACCUCUCUCUUCAUCUCCCUUGCCUUUACUGCAAACCACUGACACCUACAUUUCCUGAUUUCAAAUGUAAUUUCUUGCACCUUUUCCUUGCACAUUAAGUAGGGGUUAAAAGCAUGGGCUAUUUCAAACUGGCAGAUUAUUGUUGGAAAUACUUCCCAGGAAAAGCCUGAAGUGAAGUCUGUAUUAAAUGAGUACAGCUGUGUAGAUUGCCACAGAGGUGUCUCGUAUCUUACAGUGCAGGAACGGCCUCCUUUCACUGUAAGUACUUAACCAUGAGCACAGAGGCUGUAGCUUUUGUGGGCUUCCAUUUCUUUUUUUUCCUUCCCAGAUUAGUUCCUGUCCCUUUCCUUAGCGUUGGUACUGCAUGUGUCCAGAAAGCAUCAGGAACUGGAAGUGUCUCUGUCAAUACAUUUUUUGACAGCACAAAUAGACAAAAAUCUAUGUAGCUGUCUCUCACAGCUGUUCUUAAAUAAGUGUUCUCCAGCGACAUCAGAAAGUUUGCAGAGUAUAGUUCUUUCAAUCCCACAUUUUAAAAUACAGUUUUAGAAUGGACUAAAACUUACAUUGUAGCCUGUAUGCGUGUAAACAUGCCUUGCCAAAAUCACCUUAGCUAGGGCAAUCAACCGUCUUGCUCUGCAGAAAAAACCUAGGUGGUUCCAGAGUGUAAUUCCUCUUUGCUCAACUGUUCAAGCUGAGUGGAAAAGGGUGUGCUCUGAAUGUGGUAGCUGCUUCCUGCUGAGGGAGCUCAGGCAUCUCACCUGUCUAAUGGGAAGUUUUUGUCUGAGCUCAAGCUCGAAUGUGAUAGAAUAGUGGUCUUGCUAGCAAGCUCUGCUGCUUCUAAAUGGGGCUUUUAUAACUUUUUUUUCUGGACGAGUGAGCUGCUUGCAGUGAAAUUUGAUCUUUUCUUCCCCCCUUUGCCAAUCUUGGAAACAAAUUGCUGCUUAAGUGGGGAAAACCUGUGCAAAAGAAAUUAUCCAUCUAUUCUGCUAUUGAGAAAGGAAGCUUAUUUUGAAAGCUAGAUACCAAAAUCAUGAAGGCUGGGCUCUAGAAAAAGAAAAGCUUGCUAUUCACUGUGGUCUAAGCUUUUCUUCCCCCACCUUAAAUCUUCAAGCUUUUUGUUUAGGAGCAUAAUUGCUGCUUUUGGGGAGACGGGAAAAGUGUUCAUGUGUAUUGAAGAUGGUGACACUUAAUUCCUAGAUGACAGGCAUUUAAUAAAAUGACCAAGGGCUAAUACCAACUGGGCAUGCUACACAUUUGAAUUGUAUUCUUAGUGUCCUUUGGAAGCAUGUAUUAAUCCUGUAAGAGUAAUUAAACAUUUUGAUCCUG